UACCUUAACCAUGUAUUUUCAACAAUAUUGGAGAGAUAAAAGGCUCGCAUAUUCUGGGAUCCCUCUCAACCUCACACUUGACAAUCGUGUGGCUGACCAGCUUUGGGUGCCCGACACAUAUUUCUUGAAUGACAAAAAAUCAUUUGUGCAUGGAGUGACAGUGAAAAACCGCAUGAUCCGCCUUCACCCUGAUGGGACGGUGCUGUACGGACUCAGAAUCACCACGACAGCGGCAUGCAUGAUGGACCUGCGAAGAUACCCGCUGGAUGAACAGAACUGCACUCUGGAAAUCGAAAGCUAUGGCUACACCACGGAUGACAUUGAAUUUUACUGGCGUGGCGGGGACAAAGCUGUCACUGGAGUGGAAAAGAUUGAGCUGCCACAGUUCUCCAUUGUGGAGCAUCGUCUGGUCUCGAGGAAUGUUGUCUUCGCCACAGGUGGGUCCUGUGUCCACUCACAAGAAUCAACAAAAAAUUUUAUAGGGUUUAUUUACAGUCCCUGUGGGGGCCCCUGGCCGCGUUUGCGUGAUUGUCUCCUUAUGAAAUAUGCUACAACUGACUUACAGCGCUGA